GCUUUCCGACGGUAAUGACUUUCACUAGCCCGCAUGCCAAGCAGCGACAGAGUUGCACUCCCACCGCCGAGAUGCAGUCGCUGAAUUUUAUUUUCAGUCUUUUCUAGCCUCUAUGUUCUGAAUAUUAUCCUCGAUAUCCUUUGCCUCAACAAAGUGCGAGCGCGAGCGUUGCAAAUAUCCCUUUUGCCCGAGGACAGCGCGCUUCAACACGGCACGUAUGUGAAGUAGUGGCUGUCAGCGCGCUGCUAGCAAGUUCUUAGGACGGCGAUUCUGGACGAGAAGGGAAGGACAGAGGACAGGAUGAAGGAGGAGACUCUUUUACGGCGGAGGUUUUCGCACUGCCCCACCGCCUCCACUCCGCACAAGAUCGACCCGCGCUCGCUCACCCGGAACCUGUCCUACGCGGGCGACAACGACCUCUACGCCCUCACCCCAGGUGGUGAGAUGGAGAGGAACGGCCUGUCCCAGACGCAGGACGAGGUCAGUCCAGCCCAGUCUCCCACCAGCAAGGAGUUCAGGAUGCUCAACGGCAGUGAGAAAGAAUGUUCCUCCCCCACGGAGAAACUGGCCCGUAAGGAGUCUCUAAAGCUCCAGAAGAAGACUUACCGUCAGGAGAAGAAGAGGGCAGCUAAAGAGCUGUUUACCGCUCUGAAAGACCCCAGUGUGAUUAUCAUGUCCAACUGGCUGAAGAUCCGCGGCACGCUGAAGGGCUGGACGAAGCUGUGGUGUGUGCUGAAGCCGGGGGUCCUCCUCAUCUAUAAGACCCCCAAAGUGGACCACUGGGUGGGCACCAUCCUGCUCAACGCCUGCAAGCUCAUCGAGAGGCCCUCCAAGAAGGACGGCUUCUGCUUCAAGCUCUACCACCCCAUGGACAAGUCCAUCUGGGCCAUGAAGGGCCCUAAAGGGGAGAAUGUGGGCUCCAUCACCCAGCCGCUGCCUAGCAACUACCUGAUCUUCAGAGCUGCAUCCGAGUCUGACGGGCGCUGUUGGAUGGAUGCUCUGGAGAUCGCGCUCAGCUGCUCCAGUCUGUACAAGCUGACGGCGAAGGCCGGGCGGGACGGGGACCUGAGCUGCUCGUCCGAGUCUUCGCACAUCCUCCACCUCCUGCAGGGGGCAGCGCUGAGCGAGCAUGAGCUCUUCCAGUUGAAUGAGUCCAUGUUGGAAAGCAACCACAUGGAGACUGACGGCUACUCUGACAAAUCAGAGAAGGAGGCUCACGAGGAGUCUGACAACGGGACCAAUGAGAACGGGGGGAGGCUGACCGAGGAGAGCGACAUGGACCAAUCGGAUGACCUUUCCCCCAGCCUGCAAGCCACUGCCUACGUCGAGCAGAGUCUGGAGGAGAUGGGAGAGGCCGGGGGGGCGUCCCAGGUGGAGACGGUUUCGGAGGAGAAUAAAGGUCUGAUCUGGACCCUGCUGAAGCAGCUCCGCCCCGGGAUGGACCUGUCCAAAGUGGUGCUUCCCACCUUCAUCCUGGAGCCCCGCUCCUUCCUGGACAAGCUGUCCGACUACUACUACCACGCCGACUUCCUGUCACAAGCGGUGUUGGAAGAUAAUCCCUAUUUUCGGAUGAAGCAGGUUCUGCGCUGGUACCUGUCCGGCUUUUACAAGAAGCCCAAGGGCCUGAAGAAGCCGUAUAACCCCAUCCUCGGGGAGACGUUUCGGUGUUGCUGGCUCCACCCACAGACAGACAGCUGCACCUUCUACAUCGCAGAACAGGUGUCGCAUCACCCACCGAUCUCUGCCUUCUACGUGUGUAACAGGAAGGACGGGUUCUGCAUCCACGGCAGCAUUCUGGCCAAGUCCAAGUUCUACGGGAAUUCUCUGUCUGCCAUUUUAGACGGCAGAGCAAGGCUGGUCUUCCUUGCGCGUGAUGAAGAGUACAUCAUCACCAUGCCAUACGCUCACUGCAAAGGAAUCUUAUACGGCACGAUGUCCCUGGAGCUCGGUGGGAAGAUCACCAUCGACUGUGAGAAAACGAAGUAUGUAGCAGAGCUGGAGUUUAAACUGAAGCCCUUCCUGGGAAGCUCCACCAGUGUGAAUCAGAUCUCAGGGAAGAUCCGUGUGGGAGAAGACGUGCUGGCCACCGUGGAUGGACACUGGGACGGGGAGGUGUUUCUGCAUGAGAAGAAGACCGGCCACCAGGAGGUGCUGUGGAACCCCAGCCCGGAGGUGCGCAAGCAGAGGCUGAAGAGACAGGUGGUGCAGGUCAACCAGCAGGGGCAGUUUGAGUCCGAGAGGCUGUGGAGUCAUGUGACCAGCGCCAUCGUGGGUCGGGAGCAGGAGAGGGCCACGCAGGAGAAGUUUGUUCUGGAGGAGGCGCAGCGGAAGGAGGCACGGGAGAGAGGAGACCGGCCCUGGAUCCCCCUCCUCUUCACCCUCGACCCCGCCUCCAACGAGUGGCGCUACAAACACGCCGACCCCCGGCCCUGGGACCCUGACUCCAGCCUGGCCCAGUUUGAGAAGGACGGAGUGAUCCAGACCCAGGAGCACCGCCCACGCCACCACAACGGGCUGUCCUACAGCCAGAGCUGGGCCGCCCAGCACCAGGUGCAGGGUAAACACAGGAAGUCCAGCAGUCAGCCAUCGAGCUGCAGCCAGAACACUGAGAGCAGCAGCUCCACUCCAGAACCCACUCACGAGUCCUCCGACAACGAAGGAUUCAUCGCUCAGUGUGCCAGAUGUAACAAAGAGAUUAAAGACAUCGCAGAGAUGGAGGCCUCCAUAGCGUCAAUAAAGAAGACACAACAGGACAUACAGAGGAACCUGUGUGCUCUGAGUCAGCAGGUGAUGCGUCGUCGGGCAGUGGAGGAGGGCGUGUCUCUGAGCAGCCGCCACUGGCUCCUCCUCUGCAUCCUGCUGCUGUUCCAGCUGCUCCUCAACUACACCUAUACAUGAGCAACACACACUAUACACACUAUACAAUAUACACUCAUCAACUACACCUACACAUGAGCAACACACACUAUAUACACACUAUAUACACUAAACACUCAUAAACUACACCUACACAUGAGCAACACACACUAUACACUAUAUACACACUAUAUACACUAAACACUCAUAAACUACACCUACACAUGAGCAACACACACUAUACACUAUACACACUAUACACUCAUAAACUACACCUACACAUGAGCAACACACACUAUACACACACUAUAUACACUAUACACUCAUAAACUACACCUACACAUGAGCAACACACACUAUACACAUUAUACAAUAUACACUCAUCAACUACACCUACACAUGAGCAACACACACUAUACACACUAUACAAUAUACACUCAUCAACUACACCUACACAUGAGCAACACACACUAUACACUAUACACACACUAUACACUCAUAAACUACACCUACACAUGAGCAACACACACUAUACACUAUACACACACUAUACACUCAUAAACUACACCUACACAUGAGCAACACACACUAUACACUAUACACACACUAUAUACACUAUACACUCAUAAACUACACCUACACAUGAGCAACACACACUAUACACUAUAUACACUAUACACUCAUCAACUACACCUACACAUGAGCAACACACACUAUACACUAUACACACACUAUACACUCAUAAACUACACCUACACAUGAGCAACACACACUAUACACUAUACACACACUAUAUACACUAUACACUCAUAACCUACACCUACACAUGAGCAACACACACUAUACACUAUACACACCCUAUACACUCAAUACACUCAUAAACUACACCUACACAUGAGCAACACACACUAUACACUAUAUACACUAUACACUCAUCAACUACACCUACACAUGAGCAACACACACUACACACUAUAUACACACUAUAUACACUCAUAAACUACACCUACACAUGAGCAACACACACUAUACACACACACUAUACAAUAUACACUCAUCAACUACACCUACACAUGAGCAACACACGCUAUACACUAUACACACACUAUAUACACUCAUAAACUACACCUACACAUGAUCAACACACACUAUACACACACUAUACAAUAUACACUCAUCAACUACACCUACACAU